CAACGCCGUGCUGCGGAUGUGUGAUGCAACUAAACGUAACGGAUAUCUCCAACUUCUCGCUGCAAGUUUUGCUUUUCACUUAGAAAACCGCGUUCGGAACGACACUUUGGAUGAACAGUGUUAGUGUUUGCUGUUCGUCACUUUAUAUUCGGUUAAUCUGUCCGGUAAUAACACUGCCAGCUGUCCGCAGUCUUCUUCUGCUGCUCGCGUUAGCUUCCCCUCCUCCAGAUGGGAGCUAGCUUCACCUAGCAGCCGGUGGAUCCUGUUCAUUUCACCUCUUUUUUGUAUAGGUAUUUGUUUUAAGCUCAGCCUGUCCUCGUCUCCUCUUUGUUGGCUUUAACCCCCCUCCGCUGGGCCUCCCUAUGUCCUUGUUUUGAAGCUCUGGGUGGCAGCGGACUCUCCCCUCCACCUCUUGUUGAGUGUUUCUCUUUUUAAAUGGCCACCGCUGCCCCCCCUCCAGCCCCUGGCUCCACUGCGGCCACUGAAAACCCAACUCCCGGGUCCAGCAGCUCGACUCCGGCCGACAGUGGCAACCAGGACAGCACUUUUGAGUGUAAUAUAUGUCUGGACACCGCCAAGGAUGCAGUGAUCAGCCUGUGUGGACACCUCUUCUGUUGGCCCUGCUUGCAUCAGUGGUUGGAGACCAGACCUAACAGACAAGUGUGUCCAGUGUGUAAAGCGGGCAUCAGCAGAGACAAAGUAAUCCCUUUAUAUGGACGAGGAAGCACAGGUCAACAAGACCCCAGAGAAAGAACCCCUCCUCGACCACAAGGGCAGAGGCCUGAGCCAGAAAACCGUGGUGGCUUUCAAGGCUUUGGCUUUGGAGACGGGGGUUUCCAAAUGUCAUUUGGAAUUGGUGCCUUUCCAUUUGGUAUUUUCGCUACAGCUUUUAACAUUAACGAUGGCAGACCACCUCCAGCAGCCCCUGGGACACCACAGCACAUGGAUGAACAGUUUCUGUCUCGACUCUUCCUGUUUGUCGCUCUGGUGAUUAUGUUUUGGCUGCUGAUUGCAUAAAUGCAUGGAAAGACAACAGCUUUGGACAACCCAAAUCAUUUGACAGAGAUGCUAAAUUAUGGCACAUCAACACGGUUUGCGCCAAUCUGAUUCUGCUUCCUUUCUGGUAACUUGAUUUUUUUCUUUUCUUGACACAAAGCUAGAGUUGAAUGAAGACAGUUCUUCCAAAAUAUAGAUAUCUGUUAAUCCCAAGAUAACAACUUUUAAGGUGAACUACAUAAACUUGGGUACCUAACGUUUUAAUUCAUUAACACAGUUGCUUUGCAAAGCAGCACACUUGCAUUUCUUCAUUAUAUUUCUAUCACCUACCUUUACAACAUGUCUGUCUCUUUUUUUAUUGAUAAGACACAUACAGGAUGUUCAGGUGAGAUAAAUGGGAAGAUAUCAGUCUCUCUUUUUGAGUAUUGUUUUGGUAAUAACACUGUAUUUUAAAGAUAUACUCUGCUAAAGCUUAACAAAAUAAGACCACCAGUGCUCUGUUCUCAGAACUUUUCAUUCCCAUUUGAAAACCCUGUAUGUUGUAGAUUUCCUUUUAGCCUAUAUUUAUAA